GUGGAGCAGGCUGAUCUGACCCUAGUAGUGGUGGACUCCACCCAGCUACCCCCAGACCCUCAGCUAGCACCAGCCUUCCUCCAGGAGCACCUCAGCACCGUGCUUCCCAGCCCUGAGGCAGGCACGGAGGCUGCCUCAAACAGGGUCCUGCUGGUGCUCAACAAGAGUGACCUGGUACCUGAGGAGCAGAGGGAAAGGACAGAGGGAGAGCUGAGAGAGAGCCCGGGUCUCCCUCCUGCAUGUUUUCUGUCCUGCUACACCAGUACAGGGCUGGAGGAUUUCCUCACUGUGCUGCAGAGCAGGGUCAAGACUCUGUGAGUAUGGAGUACAGUUCUGCGUGAAUGUUACUGAAUGUUUCUAAGGAUGUUUUUUUUAAUGGUUUUCCUAUAUGUCAGGGACUCACCAUGGGCGGAAUCCUAACUCUGAUUGAUAGAUUAAUUGUGUAAUUCAUUCUAAAUUAACUUGAGUAACACUUUGAUAUCGCAAGUAAGUUAGGAUUGGUCCCUAAGCUUUUGAUAAUAUCAUGACUUGUCAUAACAUUAUCCGCCCUGUGCCUACCCUACAGUAAGAAUGUUGUUUACACCCCGCUGUAUCCUGUGGAUAUGACGAAUAAACUCGGAUUAAAUUUGAUACAUCCUGAGUAUUUCAAAAAAAGUAACGCUGAUAGCAGCUCCCAGACUGAAGAUCAAACACCCCAUUCUUCUGAAACCUUUGGCAACACCUACACACACUACAUCAGUUAUAACACGACUGUCCCAUCCAGGUGUGGUGACCCUCUGAGCGGAGCUCCCAGUCUGACCCAGGCCCGUCACAGAGCCCACCUCCAGCAGGGUGUCCAGGCCCUGAACCAGUACCACCACUACAGAGACCAGGACCUGGCCCUGGCCGCAGAGGGGGUCCGCCUUGCCCUCACCCACCUGGGACGCAUUACAGGACGGGUCGGAGCCGAGGAGAUCCUGGACAUCAUAUUCAGAGACUUCUGCAUAGGGAAA